UUGUUGGGCCAUUGUUGUAUUAACGAGACACCCUGUCUGUGUCGGGUUAGAGAGAAAAAGAGAGGGACACUGACCCACAUCUCUGGCUUUAGAGAGAGAGGGGGAGGGAUACAGAACCACAUCGCUGGCUUUAGAGAGAUAGAGGUAGAGGGAGAGAAGGAGAGGAGAAGAAAUGAUCGAUGUUCUGGUUCAGGUUCCUUACGAAGCGACGGUGCGAACAGUGUUGGGGGCUCUGGAGAGGAACAUAGUGCCUGAUUUGUUGGUGAGGAAGCUCACCAGGUUGCUUCUCGCGAGUCGGCUUCGCUCUGGUUACAAGCCUACAUCUGAAGCUCAGCUCUCGCAACUCCUCCAAUUCAUUCACUCUCUUAAAGAAAUGCCCAUAGCUGUGGAGAUGGGCAAAGCAAAAGAUCAACACUAUGAGUUGCCAACUUCAUUUUUCAAGCUGGUUCUUGGAAAGAAUCUCAAAUACAGUUGUUGCUACUUCAAGAACAAGUACAUUACACUUGAGGAGGCAGAAACAGCAAUGCUGGAGCUCUAUUGUGAGAGGGCACAGAUAAAAGAUGGGCAUAGUGUCCUUGAUGUUGGAUGUGGGUGGGGAUCCCUAUCUUUGUACAUUGCUCAGAAAUAUAGUAACUGCCAUGUUACAGGGAUUUGCAAUUCUACGACACAAAAGGAGUUUAUAGAGGAGCAGUGUAGGGAGCGUAAACUAUCAAAUGUGGAGAUUAUUGCUACUGAUAUCAGCAACUUUGAAAUGGAUGCCACUUUUGAUCGAAUAAUGUCUAUAGAAAUGUUUGAGCAUAUGAAGAAUUACCAAGCGCUUUUGAGAAAGAUCUCUAAGUGGAUGAAGCCAGAUGGCCUCCUUUUUAUCCAUUACUUCUGCCACAAAACAUUCGCUUAUCACUUUGAGGAUAAGAAUGACGAUGACUGGAUUACUCGGUAUUUCUUUACUGGAGGUACAAUGCCUUCAGCUAAUUUGCUCCUCUAUUUCCAGGAUGACGUUUCCAUUGUUGAUCACUGGCUUGUUAAUGGGAAGCAUUAUGCCCAAACUAGUGAAGAGUGGUUGAAGAGGAUGGAUAAUACUUCAGCUUCCAUUAGGCCAAUUAUGGAGGCAACAUAUGGCAAGGAUGCUGCAACAAAAUGGACUGCAUAUUGGCGAACCUUCUUCAUAUCAGUCGCUGAGCUCUUUGGAUAUAAUGAUGGAGAAGAGUGGAUGGUUUCACUUUUCCUGUUCAAGAGGAAGUAGAGGUGCAAAUGCAUGUCAAUGUAUGUGGCAGCACAUCAUAAUCAUUGUCAUCUCUAUCAUGCCCUUCUUCAACGUCGAAUUGUACAUGCAAAGUAGUUCGGAGUCGUGAGGCUUGAGGAUGAAUCGGCGUUCUUUCUUAAUAUUUCUGCAUUGGCAGUUGAGCUUUUGAUCCUUAAUGCCAACUUUACAAAGAUGUUUCAUGUCAGACUGUUGUUGCUUGAAAUAUGCAUGACAAGUACUUUCCCACAAUAUCACUUAAUU